GAGAAAUGGCGCCGUUUAGCCGUCAGUCACAGUUUAAAAAUAAUUUAAAGUUAAACUUAGAACAAGCAAGCGAGAGUUUAAAGGGUUAAAAUGAACCGGAAGCACUUUCACACUGUCACAUCCUGUGGAAUAAGGAUACACAUUUGAAAUGGUCAAUGGCUUGAUACUUUACGUUUAAAAAAAAUCUCCCAAAUGUCAGCAAAAUGAAUUACAUGCCAGGGACUGCGAGCCUCAUCGAGGACAUUGAUAAGAAACACCUUGUUCUGCUUCGCGAUGGAAGAACAUUGAUUGGGAUUCUUAGAAGCAUAGAUCAGUUUGCUAAUUUAGUUUUGCAUCAAACUGUUGAACGUAUUCACGUUGGUAAGAAAUUUGGUGACAUACCUCGUGGGAUAUUUGUUGUCAGAGGAGAAAAUGUCGUCUUGCUUGGAGAAGUAGAUCUGGAUAAAGAGUGUGAUCAGAUCCUCCAGCGAGUUUCCAUUGAGGAGAUCCUGGAGGAACAGCGGACAGAACAGCAAGCCAAGCAAGAGUCGGAGAGACUGAAGCUACAGGCGGUGAAAGAGCGAGGCUUAUCGAUCCCUAAAGCUGACACAUUAGAUGAUUUCUGAAACCACUUUGUUUAGUUCUUUUUGGAUGAUUUAAUUGUUUUAUUGGAUGGUUUUGUUUGAUUUGAGAAGACAUUCUGUCCUGAAAUCAUUCUGUCGAAUGAUAGAGGAGUGAGUCUCACGAGAUUGUGACUUCUAAAUUAGUUGCUGUAAAGUCAUGUUUUGAGAAUUGCCCACCAUCUUUGUUUCUUUUAUGGCAGAUGCCAUAGUGAAAUGAAGGAUGGAGCACCAAACAGAAGCACUUGGCCUGUUGACUUUGUUUAAACCACAAUAAUGGUAUACAAGAAAAGAAGUUUAUUUCGGUGUUCACUAUGUUUUGGAUAUGACGCUAUGGUUAUUAAGUUGGUAUAUUAUGUAAAAUACAUGAAACAACACUGAAAAUAUUUUUGUUCUAUUAAACCUAUUUUAUACCAAUGAAAA